CAGAAGAAGCCUUUAGUAAAAGGGGAGAUAGUAGUAAAACUGAAGAAAACUUUGUUCGAGAGGAGCUGCUUAUCUAAACUUUAGUGAAACAGCGCGUUGUCUUCGUCCCCGACUGUGUUUCCGCAACAGCGGAGCUUCAUGAACGCCCAGCGGGGAGAGGAGCGCCUCUGACAGCCACGGCCACCGGAGCGACUUCAACUUCUACCAAGUUUACUGGGGCAUUUUCCCGGAGGCUCUGCUGCUGGAGCCUGAAGCAGACUUCCUGUUGACCGCUUCGUAGAGAGGGAAAUCUUUUUGAAAAUCAGGAGAAACACCUGUUCACCCUCCUUCCUCCUACUGGAAGCUGAAGGAUAUUAACAAAAUGACUAGAAGAUCCCCCAUUGCCUUGCUACUCCUUGCAGUGUGUUGCCUGGCAUCUGCAGGGCCGGUGUUUCGCAACCAGUGUGCACUGCAGCCUGUAGGAAUGGCGCACCCAGUGCAGGCCAUGUUGGAGAGCUUCACCGCCCUAUCAGGCUGUGCAAGCAGGGCCACUACCAGCCUCCCUCAGGAGGUCCACAUCAUCAACCUGAGAGGACAUGCUCCAGAAGGACAGGACAACACCUUGGCAGAAGUUCAGCUGCAUCUGAAGCCCAUCCUGUCUCUGCUGCGCCACCAGAAGCCCCUGGUCUUUGUGCUCAAUGCCCCCCAACCAUUGAUCUGGAAGAUCAAGACAGAGAACUUGGCCCUGGGCAUCAAACGUACCUUUUAUAUACCUGAGGGCUCCGAGGUCCACUUUCAGCCAGGAAACUUCUCCGUCUCCUGCCAGAUUGAGGAGGAGACCCUUCCCCACGGCAAUGAGCACCUCCUCAACUGGGCCCAGAAGAAGUUCAGGGCAGUCACCUCUUUCUCUGAGCUCAGGAUGACUCAAGACAUCUAUAUCAAAGUCGGAGAAGAUCCAGUGUUUUCUGACACUUGCAAGAUCGAUGCCAAGUUCCUGUCUCUGAACUACCUGGGCAGCUACAUGGAACCACAAGCAUCAAAAGGUUGUGUCAUGUCUGGGCUGGACCUAGACCAAGAAGUCCACAUCAUUGAGCUCCAAGCCCCAAAUUCCAGCAGUGCUUUCCAGGUGGAUGUCAUAGUGGAUAUACAGCCUCUGGAAGAUGUUGUCCCGGUGCAUCGUGACAUUGUCUUGCUGCUCAAGUGCGCUAGGUCUGUCAACUGGGUCAUCAAGGCCCACGGUGUGACAGGCAACCUGAACAUGGUGGCCUCUGAUACCAUCGGUGUUAGUUCAGAUACAGACAAGCUAAUGCAAGUAUCAAAAUCCGCCAAGCAGCCCUUACCAUCUGGGCCACAAGCCUUGAUCAAGUGGGCAGAGGAGCAUAACUAUAGUCCAGUCACAUCUUACACCAGUACUCCUGUGGCUAACCACUUCAGUAUCAGACUUCGAGAGCCAGAUGAACAGGAGCCUCAAGAGCGCUCCAUCCUGCCUGACUCCGGUCCUGAUCCAGGAGUUGGAACUGCUUCACGACACACCGGUUUGCCAUUUCCCUUCCCUGCGUAUGAACGCCUGCACUACCUGCAGGGUAGCUCCUCCCACAACAACCUGGCCAGGGGGAGCACAGAGUCUGAGGAGCAGCAGGGCGCUCUGAGUGUUGGCUACAGUGUGCAGUGUGAGGACACGAGGAUGGUGGUUAGCAUCGACAAAGAGAGCUUACAAGCAAACGGGUUUACUCAUGCCAACCUCACACUCCAAGACCCAAAAUGCAAAGCAACGGUCAAUGCCACCCACUAUACACUGGAAACUAAUCUAACUGGCUGUCAGACCAUUGUAUAUUCCAUGGAGGGUGUGCCAAUGGUCCUGUACAUCAACUCUGUUUUGAUAAGUCAGGCUCAGACCAAGGAUGAGAGUGGUGGGCCGCUGGAUUAUGAGGAUCUGGAAUCUGGAGACGUGCAGUUUCCGAGGGGCCCAGUGGAGUUAGAGAGGACAUUUACAGAACCUACAGAGCACUCGACCAUUGUAGUGUUCAAUUGCACAUACAGAAAGAACCAGGAAACCUCAGAAACACUUCCCAGGAUUGUACCGGCACCAGCCAGCAAACCGCUCAGCAACAUGACGUUCAGUAUGGAGUUAUACAACACAUUGUCAUCCAACAGUCCCUCUCACCAGGCCUUCUUCACUGUGUCACAAAAUCAACAGGUCUUUGUGGAGGUCACAUCAACUGCAUCAGAUCCGGAUCUUGGGGUCACCAUCAUAUCGUGCUUCCUUUCUCCCAACUCAAAUCCCAGCGUAGCCUCAGACUACAGCCUCAUUGAGACGGUCUGUCCCACAGAUGGCUCUGUCCGGUUCUAUCCUCAGAGGGACUUCCCUGUCCCUCACACACAGAUGGAGAGGAAAAGUUUCAGCUUCACCUUCAACUCAAGGUUCAACAUGUCCCUACUCUUCCUGCACUGUGAGAUGUCUUUGUGCACCAAGAGAGCUCAGACCAACCACAGACUAGCGCCGUGCUUACAACCAAGUGAGACCUGUGACUCUCUGACUGCGAACAAUAUCCUCAAGAUGAUGAUGAACAGGAAGACGUCUACCAAGCCGCUGGUUGUCGUGGACGGAUCUGUUCAACUAGGCAUAACAGAUACUCCUAUGCACAAACCACCCCAGAGCCCAUAUGACCCUUCUAAUGACACCACCUUGUACAUACUGGGCACGCCGACAGUAGUGGGAAUCGCCUUUGCAGCCUUUGUGAUUGGGGCUCUGUUGACCGGGGCCCUGUGGUUUAUCUACUCACACACAGGUAAGACAACUGGCACACAGCAGGUCCAGAAAUCUCAACCUGCCUCAGAGAACAGCAGUGCAGCCCACAGUAUCGGCAGCGCACAAAGCACACCCUGCUCCAGUAGCAGCACAGCGUAGCCCAGGACGUGCCACAGGGGGACACGGGACAGGCCUGACAGUUCAUAGAGACCAGUGUGUUGAUUUUCUUCUAUUAAAGGAAGCAUUUUGGGGAUGUGAUAGGAAGGAAAACAUUUAUUUAAAAAAAAAAGAAAACACACAAAGACACCUUCAGUAAGUCCCUUUGUGCUGCUUCAAGUGCUGCAGACAAAUGUGCUGUCCUGUCCGGUGUGUAACAGUUCUGUGACUCAGCUUGGCAGCAUCUAUCACGAAAAACUACAAGAAACAAAUGUAAGUUUAUACCAGGCUUUUCUUGUGCUGCUUUUUUGACCAGAAGAGAGCUUUAAAUGGUGUGACUGAGCCUGUCUGUAACAAGCAGGUGUAGUCUUAACAGCAAAGAAAACCAGUAGCAGUGAUGUCAGCUUAAGUGAGGUGUUGAUGGCUGGACUGUAACUUGUUACUUUAUGAUAUACAACCCUCAAGGAGCCAAAGGAGUGAAGCAACCACUAUUAACAUGUAGGCAAAGGUAUCAUCCUGACACAGAGUUAUAAUAACUCUUAAAAUAUGCCAGACAGUGUAGAUACUGAAUGUAUACAGAAGAGCAAAUGCCAAAAAUGUGAAAAAAAAAAUGUGAAAGAGAUGCUGAUACAUAAAAUACCGCAUUUUAUAACGUCCCCACUUCACUCAUAAUGGAUUCUUAUACUAAAGUUGGAAACUUAUUGUACCAGGGCUUUGUGUACAGUGGUUCUAGCAAUGCAUUCUAAUUGAUGGGGCGCUGAGUCUCACUUUCACAGAUAUCAAAUAACUUGAUUGGGGAACAUUUUGGGAAAUACAUUUACUUCAAGAUCAAGAUUUACUUUGAGAUCAGUAUUACUCUCCUGUCUUGUGUUUUAAGUUUAGAGCUCAGUAUAGGAGGUAAUUAGCCUAGCUUAGCAUGAAGACAGGAAAAAGGGAAACUGAGCUCAGAGAAAUAGUUCAGAAUCUUUUUGAAAAACUGAUAGCAUGAAACCCCUGCAGAUGGUCAUUUUUUUCUGUCUGUGUACAGAUGAACCAAACAAAAUAUAAUGCAUUACUGAGCUGUAGGGGUGUUGGUAGGUUUAUUGUACUUUUGAGCUUUGCACAAGGAAAGUGGAAGGCGAUUAGCCUAGCAUAGUAUAAAGCUUGGAAGCAGGGGAAAACAUUCAGCCUGGCUCAGUCCACAGCUAAGAAACUACACCUGCCUCAGCAGCUUUGGACACCAUGCUAGCUUUAUAUCAAGCUAUGUUUAAAAAGGCUUAUACA